GGGGCAGGACUAUUCAAACUGCAAAACUGCUAUCAUUCUACUAUUCCUUUUACUGUAAUAUUUGGAUUGGCCAAAAGAGGGCCUUCAGCCAAAAUAAAUGGAAAAUAAAACGUUCAGCCAAAGGGCAAUGUGUAUAUAAGAGUCGACAGACAGCGAGACAUUGAGGUUUUACUUGUCCUCUCUUAGUUUGGAUCAGCAAAGCGCACGGUUUAACAACAUGUACAAUGCGUGCGGUCUCCUUUUCCUUUCAUUUGGAUUUACCAUGCUAAAGUUCAUCACCUGUUACAGCGAUGGAAAUUUAUUGGAGAGUGAAUGCCGUCGAAUGGACAUCAGUGGUGGUCAUGGAAAAUUACCAAUACAUUUUCUCCAGUGUACCAGCGCAAAACACUGAAGCCCCUUUCAAGAUCGAACCAGAAAAUAAAACCGUGACACUUUCUGAAGUGGGAACGAGCAUUACAGUGUCGCUUUUGGCUGAUCCGGCUGAAUUUAAAGGUUUCAUGUUGGACGCUCGUAAAUGUGAAAUGUGUGAGUCUGCUGGUAUGUUUCAUUUGAUUGACCCGGACAACAGCCUACUCAUCUGUAGUGGCCGUGUUGUUUCUAACUUUAAUAACCUAAGAAAAAGGGUAGUUAAAGUGUUGUGGACCCCCGAAGAGGCUGGAGUGUUUUUCUUCAGAGCUGCAUUUGCUGAAAACUACAGUAGGGUUUGGCUAAGGAAGCGGAUCAUACUCCCUUCGACUGCAGCACCAACCACUGAAGCCACCAGUCAAAAUACACAAGCAAGUUCAACAGAUACAUCACAGACACAGACUGCACCACUGAUUUCUGAAGCCACAAGUACACAACCUGCAACACGUGAGUAUACGUCACAGACACAGACUGCACCACUGAUUUCUGAAGCCACAAGUUCACAACCUGCAACAUCGCCUCCUGAGUGUGUACAAUAUAUGAGAUGUGCAUUAGCACUGUUAUUAUUCAGUCGGCUGUGUUUUCUUGGAGGCUCUUCUCUUCUGAUGAUCAUCAGACCAGUGUCGAAAAUGGCCACCAUGAUUGCGUCUGUCAUUGAACUAGCCUCCAAAACUAUUGCUGUCAUCUUCAUACUAAUAAAGAACAUUAAAUAUGAGUGUGUGUGUGAUAGUUUUCAGGUUGUGUUUACUGCUUUAACAUUGGCUGCCAUGGUUUCAGGCCUGCUACACACCAUCACAGUUUUCCUUCACUGUGGACCAAGCCAUGAAUUAAGGAAGUGUUGGAUCUAUGCCAUCAUAAUUGUUGACCUAAUAAAUACUGUUAUUACAGCAACUGCAGUAUUCUUUGGAAUACGGUGCUUUCAAGACCGCUGGAUGUGGAUAUUAAUGGGAGUUUUUGUUAUUUGGGAGUUCAUGUUUCAUCUCAGCUCAGUUUGCUUUAAACAGAUGGAAAAAUACCAGUCAAGAAAAAAACACGGAAAAAAUCAGGAUCAUAUUCUGGAAAGGAGGAUAUCCCCAUGGUUGUUUAUGUUCAUCAUUUUUUCAGUGUUCAAUCUAAUGUUUACAGCUGCACUCAUGACAGGAGUGUCUUUGGUUGAAAUGGAAAAUUGUUGAAGGAAAAUCUGCAGAUUCUUUGGUUAGUGAAUAUGUUAUCUUAUGUUUAUAGGACUGAGUAAAUAUGGGUGCAACUUUUUACAGCCCUAAUACAUAAACUAUAAUGGAAUCAGAAGUAAGGAAGGAAGUAAUUAUGCACAUCUUUCAACUUCUUUUUUAUGAUUAUACAGUGAAGUCCAUAUCACAGCUAUAACAAUAACGACACAGAUGGACAAUCAUGUGAAUCACUUUCAGAUGGAUUUUUUCCAGCUGAUGAACAAUAAAAACAUUGACAGCCAUUCAAAACACUUGAAUUUUAAGCAGCAAAUAACAAAACUUCAAUGGAUUUUACAAUAAAGAGAACGUCACUGUGCGUUAGUGUGGACGCUAAAAUAUUAUUUUUGUUUUUCGUGAGCGGGACUUAAGAUUCCAGGCUUACACCUUUAUUACUUUGUUCUUACACAUCAACUAACUUACUGUGCAAUAUUAAUUUGUAUAUGUAUUUUUAUGAUUGGUAGAUGCUGUUUUAUUAUUGUAGUUAUUUUUUUAUCAUUGUUCUUUUCUAUUAUUGUAAGUUAAAAUACUUUUUUAUAAGUCUUCAUUUUAAUUACUCUUCCAAAUGAAGUGCACUUAUGUCACAAUGUAUGUUAAAUAAAGACAUUCACCAAAUAUUUUGUUAUUAAUAAAAUAAAUAUAUUCAUACAAAGACAAUUACCCCAUAAGGUUGUGUCUCUUUCAGUGUUUUGACACCAAAACAUUUACACAACUACAAUCAGGCAAUACUGCAAUACAAAAUAUUUACUGAACAGUUUGAAUAAUAUAUUGUACUUCCUGAUGUGU